GGAAAACUCGUCGUCAGUGACCUUUUCUAUUUGGGAGGGGCAAGCAGCCUAGCGCCUUGCGCUUCUCCUAGCUUUGAGCGACAGGCAACAGAGUAAUGGCCUUAACAAUUCCAACCCACUCCAUACUCAAGUUUCUCCAUCCCCAGCACCAAGUCCUGAACACCCACAGAGGGCGUUUUACAGCCGGUACCAAAAGAAUUACAAGAACCAGUACGCUAUGGGUCUCCUCAUCCUUUGUCUUUUCAGCCCAUCAAGUUCAUCACCAUCAUUUGCUUAAUCCCAAAUCGUGCUCUAAACCUGCAGUUCUCACGAAGGUUAGCAGCAAUGGUGGUGGGGAUGCCGUUGAUGCCACCCCUCAACGGUCCGUGGCAUCUGAUGUCAAGGGAUUAAAUGGUGGUUCCUCUAGUUUUGGUGAUGGUGAUGUUGCCAUGUUUGUUCAGAUGCUUGGGCUAGACAAUGAUCCUCUUGACAGAGAACAGGCAAUAAUUGCACUAUGGAAAUAUUCUCUAGGAGGAAAGCAAUAUGUAGACAGCAUUAUGCAAUUUUCAGGCUCCUUAAAUCUCAUAGUAAACCUUUUGAACUCAGAUUCCAGGUCUACAUGUGAAGCUGCUGCAGGUCUUCUACAAGUGAUAUCUUCAGUUAAUCUACACAGAGACUCAGUGUUGGAAAGUGGAGCAAUAGAAGAGAUAACUGGACUGCUAAGUCAAUCGUCCUUGGCUGUUCAAGUAAAGGAGCAAAGUAUAUGUACAUUGCGGAACUUGUCUCUGAAUGAGGAGCUUAGAGUGAAAAUUGCAAAUACUGAACUAUUGCCAUUACUUGUUAAUUCCCUUGAUGAUGAGGACUUAAAAGUGAAGGAGGCUGCUGGAGGGGUUCUAGCAAAUUUGGCAUUAAGCCACUCUAAUCACAAAAUCAUGGUCGAAGCAGGUGCUAUUCCACAAUUGGCAAAGCUGUUAAAGAUGGAUGUAGAAGGAUCUAAAGUCAUCAGGAAGGUAGCAAGAAAUGCAUUAUUGGAACUUUCUGAAGAUGAAUAUUAUAGAAUUCUUAUAAUAGAGGAAGGUUUGGUUCUGGUUCCUAUUAUUGGUGCAGCUGCCUAUAAGUCUUUCAGACCAGUUUCACAUUCAUGGCCUUCAUUACCUGAUGGUACAGAAUUUGAAAUGAGGUCAAAAGGUCCUUCAAGAUAUGGUGCCUCAGAGCUACUCCUUGGAUUAAAUAUUGAUGGCAAUGAUGUUAACAUAGACAAAACCAAGGUGGAGGCAAUAAUUGGACAAACUCGGCAACAGUUUCUUGCUCGUAUUGGAGCUAUAGAAUUGGAAGAUGGUGAAAAAUCACGAACCAAAAGCUCUAUUAGUCAGCAGUUUACACUUUUGCCUUGGAUGGAUGGCAUUGCUCGCUUGGUUUUGAUUCUUGGACUUGAAGAUGAGUCAGCUAUUCUAAAAGCUGCAGAAUUAAUUGCUGAUGCAUGUAUCAAUGAACAUAUUCAGAUCGCGUUCAAGGAAGCCGGAGCCAUCAAGUAUCUAGUUCGGCUUUUAGACCAUAAAAAUAAUGCUGUAAAAUUGGCUGCCACUGGUGCUUUGGAGAGGCUGUCCAGCAAAGAUGGUUACCAGGGAAUUGAAGCAGAAAGUGCUAUGUAUCCUCCUAUGAAUACUCAUAAGCACCUGGAGACCUCUGAAAGUUUGACAGAAAAGAAUUGAGUCUUUCUUGCUCGGAUUCUAGACGAUGCAGAAUUGAGCCUUUUCUUGCUUGGAUUUUAGGCGAUGCAGAAUUGAGCUGUUCUUGCUCGGUAAGUAAAUCAAGUCGAUGUUAGUCAUUUCUUGCAGCAUUAAAUCAAGGCCUAUAGUUUCUUUUCGCUUACAGAGCAGUUGAUUUCUUCUGGUUUUAUGAUGGUCCAAUUAAAAAACAAUGAAGGGGGGUUUGGAUGCUACACGUAGCUCUAACAGUGCUGAGCGUUUUAGCUGGAAACAUGGAUGUAAUACCUAGAUUAGAAUUCCCCAAGUUUAUUUUGUAUAAUUUUAAAAAUUAAUAGACCCGUGGAUAUAUAAUAAAUUUAAAUGUAGUUUAAUGUAUGCAAUUUUUAUUGUAGAUAACUUUGCAAUUAAAAGUUGAAACAUCAUAGUUUCUUUUGUCUGCA